AAGUUUCUAACUCGAUUUGAUAAGUUCAUUGAAUACUUUUUGUAAAAUCCAAUCAGAAAGUUUAUUUUUGGUCCGAUUGGCUUUAAAUAUUCAUUGCUCUACAUCAUAUUUUCAAAAGUUUCCCCCCACUAGGAAAUGGAAAAUAGGUGUCAAAGUAAUGUGUCGGCAGCCUAUUAUCAUUAUAGAUAUAUAUAUAUAAAUAUAGAUACAUCUACAUAUAGAUAUAUGUAUCGGACGUAACGGCGAUGUCUUCCAAUAUGUACGACAUAUUGGUAAAUGUUGAGCAGAUUGUGCUGGAACUGAUCUCAAGUAUUACGUCUAUUGAGAAUGUUACUUUAAAAAUUCCACGCAAAUGUCGAGAUUGGUACGACCCAAACAAUUUUGAGGGUAAUAUCGGAGUAUUUGCGAACGUGAAGGAAAUCUUUAAUUUCCGGAAGAUUAUGUACAAUCAGCGACGCAGUCGUCAUCGGUUUUGUCUGAUUGUGUAUAUCUUGGCCGAGAUCCAUAGUUUGCAUUUGUCUGGCGGUAGUUGCACAAUCCGGGGACUCUACUAUCGGGACACUCACGUGAUUCGUUCGCAGACGUACAUUGUGGCAGCCAAAUUGGAUGUCUGCCGCAUGCUGAACACGGCGCCCGUUAAUCUGGGCAUAUUAUCCGCGUCGAAAGGACUCAUUGCAGGAGACAUAAAGCUGCUCAUGAGCAAUGGCGAUAUAUUGGACUGCAACGUCUAUUGUGGGGCUAUAACAUUGCCAACGGAUUUUGAGAAUGUCGAACGCAUUGUGACAAAUGCCGAAAUGGUCUUGAUCGUUGAAAAGGAGUCUGUUUUUGAGAGCUUGCUUUCCUGCAAUGCCCUUAACACAUUCGGCCUGCGUUUCAUAUUGUUGACCGGCAAGGGAUAUCCGGACUGCACUACUCGCCGAAUUGUAUACAGACUGUCCGUUGAGUGCAACUUGCCUGCCUAUAUCCUGGUAGAUGCUGAUCCAUUUGGCAUUGAGAUAAUGCUCAUUUACCGACACGGUUCGCAGGCCAUGAGCUUCUCUUCCAAGAGUCUUGCCACACCAAUGCUGCGCUGGAUUGGCUUGCAUCCGUCCGAAAUUGACCGUAUUUCCAAACGCGCUGUUGCCCUUAACAAAUACGACAAUAAAAAGAUUGCUGAUAUUCUUUCUCGCAGUGAUAUUAGUCUGGGUGUUAGGCAGGAGCUGCAGACGCUGCAGAAAAUCCAGUUCAAAGCUGAAAUCGAGAGUGUCAUUGAUUUUUUAAGUCCCUUCUAUAUACCCACUAAAAUUAAUAGGAAUUUGUUCUUAUAAUUAUUUCAAAUAGUUUUGUGAUCUAAUUGAUAGAAACUUAAACUAUUAUUAACUAUAUCGGAAAGAAGGUUACGGCCAAAAGUUGAAUAAGAAAUUUCCAUGCACCCAAAGCUAUGUUUAUGUAAAAAGUAGCCUAAAAGAUACUUUGUUUGCAUAAAAAGAAUUUGUAAUAAUAUUUGAAAAUUGCAUUUCUUAUUUGUUGUUGCCUUUUAUUUGUUCAUGUACACAAUCUUGCACAACAAUUGAAAAAGUCUUGCUAAAAUUGUUUCCAUUUUCCACGAUUUAACUCUUAAAAUGUUCAAUAUAAUUUUUGUUAUUACAAAAAAGGGAAACUAAAAAUGGUGUCUCAUAAAAAUAAAAAUAACUAAUUAUAUUUGAUCCAAAACACGUUGAACCACUUUUCGACGAGCCAAUUCUUCUAAUGUUUUACAUUAGUGGAGAUCCUUUCAUAUUUGAGGAUGUCAAGUGGCUUGGCUUGAAACAAAGAUACUUUUAACAUAAUUAAAUGCUAUUGGGAUGCAAGUAUUAAUCUAUCUAAACAUAUAUACAAUGCAGAUCCCAAAAGAUCUUUUUAGAUAUGUUUACGCUACUUGCAAUGCGAUGAUUUUGAAAAUUUCUUCAGCAUGGGUGAGAAACGGCCUUAAAAUCUUCUUGUCUUUCAUCUAAUCGGAUAAAAAUUGCUUUUUAAAACAUUUCCUUUGAAAAUUCCUG